AUGCAGCUGGAGCACUGCCUUUCUCCUUCUAUCAUGCUCUCCAAGAAAUUUCUCAAUGUGAGCAGCAGCUACCCACAUUCAGGCGGAUCUGAGCUUGUCUUGCACGAUCAUCCCAUUAUCUCGACCGCUGACAACCUGGAGAGAAGUUCACCUUUGAAAAAAAUUACCAGGGGGAUGACGAAUCAGUCAGAUACAGACAAUUUUCCUGACUCCAAGGACUCACCAGGGGACGUCCAGAGAAGUAAACUCUCUCCUGUCUUGGACGGGGUCUCUGAGCUUCGUCACAGUUUCGAUGGCUCUGCUGCGGAUCGCUACCUCCUGUCUCAGUCCAGCCAGCCACAGUCCGCGACCACUGCUCCCAGUGCCAUGUUCCCGUACCCCGGCCAGCACGGACCGGCUCACCCCGCCUUCUCCAUCGGCAGCCCCAGCCGCUACAUGGCCCACCACCCGGUCAUCACCAACGGAGCCUACAACAGCCUCCUGUCCAACUCCUCACCGCAGGGCUACCCCACCGCCGGCUACCCCUACCCGCAGCAGUACGGCCACUCCUACCAGGGAGCCCCGUUCUACCAGUUCUCCUCCGCACAGCCCGGGCUGGUGCCCGGCAAGGCGCAGGUGUACCUCUGCAACAGGCCCCUUUGGCUGAAAUUUCACCGGCACCAAACGGAGAUGAUCAUCACCAAACAGGGAAGGCGCAUGUUUCCUUUUUUAAGUUUUAACAUUUCUGGUCUCGAUCCCACGGCUCAUUACAAUAUUUUUGUGGAUGUGAUUUUGGCGGAUCCCAAUCACUGGAGGUUUCAAGGAGGCAAAUGGGUUCCUUGCGGCAAAGCGGACACCAAUGUGCAAGGAAAUCGGGUCUAUAUGCAUCCGGAUUCCCCCAACACGGGGGCUCACUGGAUGCGUCAAGAAAUCUCUUUUGGAAAAUUAAAACUUACAAACAACAAAGGAGCGUCAAACAACAAUGGGCAGAUGGUGGUUUUGCAGUCCUUGCACAAGUACCAGCCCCGCCUGCAUGUAGUGGAAGUGAACGAGGACGGCACGGAGGACACCAGCCAGCCCGGCCGCGUGCAGACGUUCACUUUUCCCGAGACUCAGUUCAUCGCCGUCACUGCCUACCAGAACACCGAUAUUACACAACUGAAAAUAGAUCACAACCCCUUUGCUAAAGGAUUUCGGGAUAAUUAUGAUACGAUCUACACCGGCUGCGACAUGGACCGCCUGACCCCCUCGCCCAACGACUCCCCGCGCUCGCAGAUCGUGCCCGGGGCCCGCUACGCCAUGGCCGGCUCUUUCCUGCAGGACCAGUUCGUGAGCAACUACGCCAAGGCCCGUUUCCACCCGGGCGCGGGCGCCGGCCCCGGGCCGGGCACGGACCGCAGCGUGCCGCACACCAACGGGCUGCUGUCGCCGCAGCAGGCCGAGGACCCGGGCGCGCCGUCGCCGCAGCGCUGGUUUGUGACUCCGGCCAACAACCGGCUGGACUUCGCCGCCUCGGCCUACGACACGGCCACGGACUUCGCGGGCAACGCGGCCACGCUGCUCUCGUACGCGGCGGCGGGCGUGAAGGCGCUGCCGCUGCAGGCGGCUGGCUGCACGGGCCGCCCGCUCGGCUACUACGCCGACCCGUCGGGCUGGGGCGCGCGCAGCCCACCGCAGUACUGCGGCGCCAAGUCGGGCUCGGUGCUGCCCUGCUGGCCCAACAGCGCCGCGGCCGCCGCGCGCAUGGCCGGCGCCAACCCCUACCUGGGCGAGGAGGCCGAGGGCCUGGCCGCCGAGCGUUCGCCGCUGCCGCCGGGCGCCGCCGAGGACGCCAAGCCCAAGGACCUGUCCGACUCCAGCUGGAUCGAGACGCCCUCCUCUAUCAAGUCCAUCGACUCGAGCGACUCGGGGAUUUACGAGCAGGCCAAACGGAGGCGGAUCUCGCCCGCCGACACGCCGGUGUCCGAGAGCUCGUCCCCGCUCAAGAGCGAGGUGCUGGCCCAGCGGGACUGCGAGAAGAACUGCGCCAAGGACAUAGGCGGCUACUAUGGCUUCUACUCACACAGCUAG